AUGCCAGAAGACCCAGAGCUUAGAAACAACACUUACCAGCAAGUACAGGACAUGAUCAAUGAGGCGCUGAACACUCUUCUGAAUGAUCCAAACAGUGUGAAGUUUAACCCCAGCUCCUCCAACUUCACGAGCACAUCAGACCAAAUACAUGUCAAAAUGGAUUACAUCUUUCAAGAAGGAAAUAAGAUACAACCUGUCAGCUUCCUAAAUGAGCUCAAUAAACUGAUGGGACUGAGUUCUACAAUGUCUCCUUUUACAACAAGUAGCUUCCCUGUGACGUCCUUCCAGCAAAUAUCUGGUUCAGCAGAGGUUACAAGCAAACUGGUGUUCAACUCCUCAUCUCCAGUCCCCAGUGAAGCUUUGGUGCUCAGUGCUAUCAACAUUCUCCUGGAAUCCAGAGUUUCACAACUGAAAGAAACAGUCAAGCUGGUGAAUGUCAGCUAUGAAAAAGUCUCAGACACCUCCUAUGCAGUCUUCUUUACAUUUACCUUGAGUAACAUCAGCAUGCCAGAAGACCCAGAGCUUAGAAACAACACUUACAAGCAAGUGCAGGGCAUGAUCAACGAUGUGCUGAACACUCUCCUGAAUGAUCCAAGCAGUGUGAAAUUUGAACCCAGCUCAUCCAACUUCACGAGCACAACAGACCAAAUACAUGGCAAAAUGGAUUACAUCUUCCAAGAGGGAAAUAAGAUACAACCUGUCAGCUUCCUAAAUGAGCUCAAUAAACUGAUGGGUCUGACCCCAACAACAAUUUUUCCCCUGACAACAAAAGUCUCCCAUGUGACGUCUUUCGAGCAACAAAUUGAUUCUGCAAUGGUGACGAGCACAUUGACGUUCAACUCCUCAUCUCCAGUCCCCAGUGAAGCUCUGGUGCUCAGUGCUAUCAAAAAUCUCAGGGACUCCAGAGAGUCACAACUUGAUAAAUCACUCAAGCUGUUGAAUGUGACCUAUAACAAAACCUCAGACACCUCCUAUGAGCUCAUCUUUGAAUUUAAUCUGAGUAACCUCAGCAUCCCAAACAGUCAUGUGCCCAAAGGCAACCCUGCCGAGCAAUUUCAGAAUGCUACCAAUGCUGCGCUCAACACUCUUGUGAAUGAUCCACAAAAAACACCAUUUGUUGCUACAAUCUCCAAAGUCAUGACAAAAGAACAGCAGAUUGAGGUUUCAAUGAACCAUGUCUUUAUGGAAACAGAUGAGAUACAACCUGUCAGCUACCUAAAUGAGCUCAAUCAACUGAUGGGUCUGACCCCAACAACAAUUUCUCCCUUGACAACAAAAGUCUCCCAUGUGACGUCUUUCCAGCAGCAAAUUGAUUCUGCAGUGGUGACGAGCACAUUGACGUUCAGCUCCUCAUCUCCAGUCCCCAGUGAAGCUCUGGUGCUCAGUGCUAUCAAAAAGCUCAGGGACUCCAGAGAGUCACAACUUGAUAAAUCACUCAAGCUGUUGAAUGUGACCUAUAACAAAACCUCAGACACCUCCUAUGAGCUCAUCUUUGAAUUUAGUCUGAGUAACCUCAGCACCCCAAACAGUCAUGUGCCCAAAGGCAACCCUGCCGAGCAAGUUCAGAAUGCUAUCAAUGCUGCGCUCAACACUCUUCUGAAUGAUCCACAAAAACCACCAUUUGUUGCUACACUCUCCAAAGUCACGACAAAAGAACAACAGAUUGAGGUUUCCAUUAACCAUGUCUUUACGGAAACAGAUGAGAUACAACCUGUCAGCUACCUAAAUGAGCUCAAUAAACUGAUAGGUCUGACCCCAACAACAAUUUCUCCCCUGACAACAAAAGUCUCCCAUGUGACGUCUAUCGAGCAGCAAAUUGAUUCUGCAGUGGUGACGAGCACAUUGACGUUCAACUCCUCAUCUCCAGUCCCCAGUAAAGCUCAUGUGCUCAGUGCUAUCAAAAAUCUCAGGGACUCCAGAGAGUCACAACUUGAUAAAUCACUCAAGCUGUUGAAUGUGACCUAUAACAAAAUUUCGGACACCUCCUACGAGGUCAUCUUUGAAUUUAGUCUGAGUAACCUCAGCACCCCAAACAGUCAUGUACCUAAAGGCAACCCUGCCGAGCAAGUUCAGAAUACUAUCAAUGCUGCGCUUAACACUCUACUGAAUGAUGCUGCUAAACCUCCUUUUGAUGCUACACUCUCCAAAGUCACGACAAAAGAACAGCAGAUUGAGGUUUUCAUGAACGUUGUUUUUACGGAUACAGAUCACAUCCAACCUGUCAGUUUCUUAAACGAGCUUCGUUUGCAAAACAGCCUAACAACUCCUUCUGCCAGCAAUUCUCAGACCACUACUGAUGCAACAAUUCUGGGGACGGCUUUUAUUAGCAUUCGGCUUGUGUUUGAAACAUUGGGACUAACGCCAAGUGAAAGUAAAAUUAUGGAGUUGGUUUCUAUACUGAAUGCAAAUCUCACAACUAAACAAGACGACAGAGCAACACAGUUUGGUGAACCUGUGAGCAACGUGAAUGUCUCCUAUAACAGAAUUUCUGAUCAUUCUUAUGCCCUUAACUUUGGAUACGUGAUCAGCAAUGUAUCAAUGUCAACGAAAUAUGAAAACAGGAACACCACCUACAAACUCAUCCAAAACAAAAUAAAUGAAUUGCUAAACAAGAUCCUAAAUGAUCCCUUAGCCAAUCCAGUCCAGUUUGAUGAGGCCAAAUUCUUGAAUAAUUUGACUGCGAUAACGGCUGUUCUGGAAUACAAUCUCUCACAAAAAAAUGACAUCAAGUCACCGAGUACAUUUCUCCAGAAAAUUCUUAAUGAAAACAGCUUAACAACAACUCCAACUCCAACUGUACUUGGAAAAGCAAUUAUUUACAUCCGGCUUGUUUUUAUAACGAGAGGCCCCAUACCAAGCGAGAGCGCUGUUCUACAGGUAGCCAACAAUCUGCUGGACAAACGUCUAAGAAGCAAACGAGACCUGACAGUACAAAAACUCAGUGAUCCUGUGAGCUUUGUGAAUGUCACCUAUAUAAAAAUUUCUGAUAAUUCGUAUGCCCUCAAUUUUGGAUUUGAAAUCAGCAAUGUCACCAUGUCUGAGAAACUUGUACUCAGGAACGGCACAUAUAAAAUAAUCCAAGAUUCAAUAAAUAAAUUGCUGAACGAGAUCCUAAAUGACCCAAAUGCCACUCCAUUUGUGUUCAAAGACGCCAAUUUUACGGGUAAUACCACUGUGAUUAAGGCCAAUGUCGAGUAUGUUUUCUCAGACAAAGACUUCAAGUUUCCCAGUCCUUUUCUCAGUGCACUUAUCACUGUUAAUAUUGAAGCCAGUAACACAACUGCUACAACCACAUUUCCGUCUGUUGUGAACACUACUGGGCCGAAAAACAGCACUACUGCAGCGUGGGUUGUGGCUAUAAUUGUUCCUUGUGCUAUAGCCAUCAUGCUUAUACCUUGCUGGAUUCUCCUUUGUUGUCUGCUUUGUGGUUGCUGUGCACGAAUUAGACGACGUUGGCACAGAAGACAGUCAUACAAUGUACAGUACACGACUCGACACAGCAUCUUCUAGUAGCGUUGAGAGACAACAAAGAAAAAUAUGUACAGAAAAAGUGAUCUUUUAUUUGCAACUGUAAAGCACAACUAUAUCUAAGAAAUCACUUAUUCUUAUAUUAUUAAUUAUGCAUUGAUUAUUAUUAAUGUUGUUAUUUAAAUUAUGUAAUGAACAUGUUAACUUUGAGCUUUUAGUAUGCACUAUUUAUUUUCAUCCUGUUUUGCUGGACAGACAGGAUUUACACAAAAUUUUACUGAAUAUAAUUUUUCCCAAGAUGUAUUGUCUAAUGAAAUUAAAUUAUUUAUUUAAUACUUGUGUAAUUUGUACAAUAUUUAUUGUUGAUUUUUUUCCUCUUAAUAAUUAAUUUAUUUGAUGUCAUAUAUUUCAAUGUAGUGAACAAAAUUAAACUUAUUUAUUUACAAUAA